AUGGCAGCAGCCAUCGCUACCACCAUCACCAACUUGAACGCCGUCUCACACAACGCAAGAAAAACCAUCGACUUUUCUUUCAUCAUGGCGGUUACAACUAAUACAACAUCGAACAAUAUUAGCUAUCUCUGUCAGUCUCUUCAUAUCUCUCUUUCUAUCUAUCUAUUUAUUUACCUAUCUACCUCUUUAUCUAUCUAUCUCAUCUCUCGUUUUCCUCGCCAUAUCUCCCUUUUCACUCCUCCUUUGACAACCUUAUUAUGUCCUCAUCAAUAUACAAUCUCUCUUUUUCCUCACCUCCCCCUACUAGUUCACUACGACCUCCUCACCACCACUCAUUUUCCUCCUCACCCGCAAACUCUAUUUUUAUUUCUCAUCCUAUUAACUUUAUUCCUCCUUACGCCUGUACUUCCUUUUUUCCUUAUUAUUAUAGAGUCUCUAUUUUUUUCUCUUCAUUUUAUUACCUCACUUUCUCCUCCUCAACUGAUAAUCUCACUUUUUCUCGUCGCCGCACGAUGUCAGUCUUUCUUUUUCAGCCCAGUAUCUCUCUUUGUCCCCCUCAAUCGGCGAUCUCUCUUUCUCUUCCUCAUCCCACUACCUCGCUUUGUCCCCAUCAGCCGACAAUCUCUCUCUCUCCUCCUCAUUCCACUAGCUCGCUUUGCCCCCCUCUCAACUGACAAUCUCUAUUUUUCUUUAUUAUCCCGCUAUCUCGUUUUGCCCCCUUAA